CACGCUGGGCGAGCCCGAUGACACGGGCCCCACGGCUGGCGGGCCCCAAUCCGCGUGGACUCUGGCCGUGUAGCCCCCCCUGCAAGCGGGGCCCGGGCCACGAGCUCUGCUCUGAAGGGGCCGCAGGUCUCCGGCCGGGCUCACGGCUCCGCAGCGGGCCCCCCGCGCUUGCUUCCUUCGAUCCCCCUCGUUCGCCUUCCAGAAUGGACGGGGCCCCGGAGCCCCUGGCCAUGACCAUCCACCUCCUGGCCAGCUCUGGCCAAGGCUCGCUUCUGCAGCAAACCCUGGAUCAGCUCCUGGCCUGCAUUUGCCCAGACGUCCGACCCUUCCUGGUGUCAGAGCGGGUCAGUCCGGUGAAAUACUACGACAAGUGCCACUCCAGGCGGUCACGGUUCCCGGGGAUGUCUGUUUUGCUCUUCCUGCACGAGAGCCUCGGAGAGGAGCGGCUCUUUCGGGUUCUUGACUCCCUAGGGCGCUGGCCGUGGCAGUGCUACCCCGCCCCGAGCGCCCAGGGGAGGCCGUGUCCCUACAUCCUUGCCAAUCAGGAGUUCUACAGUCUGGACAGCCAGAUGCCCGUGUGGGGCGUGAGGCAGGUGCACCGCGGCACCGAGAUCCUGAGAGUCACCCUCUACUGCAGCUUUGACAACUACGAGGACGCCAUCAGACUCUAUGAGCUGAUCCUGCAGAAGGAAGCCACGUUGCAGAAGAGCAACUUCUGUUUCUUUGUGCUCUACGCCACCGAGAACUUUGCUCUGCAGUUGUCGCUCAAGCAGCUGCCCCUUGGAGUGUCAGUGGACCCCAAAGAGUCUUCGGUGCUGCAGUUCAAGGUUCAAGAGAUCGGCCAGCUGGUGCCUCUCCUACCUCAUCCGUGCGUCCCCAUCAGCCGCACCAGGUGGCAAACACAGGACUAUGAUGGCAACAAGAUUCUGCUUCAGGUCCAACUGAAUCCAGGACUUGGGGUUAAGAAUGGUGAACUUUCCUUCCUGAACGGCACCGUGGGAGCCAACACACUUCCCCAGGGCUCCAGGCUGAUCCCUGUCUCCACAAGGAGGACCUUGGAGCCAAGAUGCCGAAGGAGCCGGGCCCGGAAGCUCCAGGUGGGUUCCCUGCAGUGCCCGGAGUCUGGCGAGAGCCCUGUGUCAGACAGCUUUAGUGGCACUUCUGGGAAAAGCCCUGGCUGCUCAUCCCAGGACAGGAGCUCAGCCCUGGGGGCCCAGAUGCACCUGCCUUCUCCCCACCUCCAACCUGGGGCCAGAGAAAAGAUCCUCAGCCCGCAAAACAGCUUUGAGGAGCUGGAGGCAGAAACGAAUGUUGACACGGGAUGCACUGUGGUCAAUCCUGAACCCCGGCAGUCUUUUCUGAGCAGAUUUUCCAGGGGUCUCCGGACCAGCCACCCACCAUCCUGCCUGCCAGACUCCUCCGUAGGGGCAACCGCCUCCAUGAACAAUAGAACACUUAAGGAAAGGAUCCAUUCUUUGUCACUUGCAGGCCAAAAGGAUCUUGGGGCAAGGAAGAUAAUCUCAAAAUGUCCCCUUCACCUGCCAGCCCAGGGUGAAGAAAAAGAAGAAGAAGAAUUCUUUAUAUAGCAUAAAGCAAAUGCGAUUUCCGAAAACACAAGAUCAGAUCCAGUGUUCUAGAAAUGGAGCACUGACCUGGGACAGAUGGUUACUUGUUCACGUGAGGGGGCCUGAAUGUUAGCCACGCACAGAUCCGUAUUGCUUUUAUUUGAGAUGUGCAUAGUCUAAGGUGCUGUGAAGGGUUGUUUAUUUGCCUUCAAGGUCAUAAGGGAACACAGCCAACGCAUAGGGAGAAAGCCCAAGGCCCUAGGUCCCUGGAGACACACUAACUCAGCUGGGUGCACUGAGUACAGCACCUGUCAGGAGGGAUUGCGUUGUCUGCGAGCGAGUCGGAUGUGCUAUGCAAUGCUGAUGAGUGUAUGCAGUUUGGUUUUAAUUUUUACUUGGGUUGCAUUGCUCAUCCCCCUGGACAACAUGGACUAUUUAUUCUGUAGUGUUUUUUAAUUUUUAUGUGACCUCCUUUGGUAACUAGGCCCUGUACACCACAUAACCUCUAGUGAUUUUGCCUUUAAAGCUGUCUGUGUCUGGAAUGAGUUCACAUGCAAGUGUUUUGAAAAUUACAAACAAUUAAUUUCUUUCCUGUUUAAUAAGCAGAAACAUUGGAAGUCAAGAAACUAGGUGAAAAAUGAAAGCGAGGCUCUAGGAUUUCCUUGCUCUUCCAUUUCUCAUCUGUUUCGGCACUACUCCAAAGGGGCCCGUGGUUCCUGUUUCUAACCAGAGAGGAACAUGACAUGAAUGGAUCUCUACUCGACAUGGCAGGAAGAUUGGAUUGGAUGAGUUGUUGGAGCAGGACUUGAGCAGGACUUGUGUUCUUCUGGCCAUGUUCGAAUUCCUAAAUUUCUUUGCAAUAUGCAUUCAUCCUUUUAUACAUUCACUCAUUCAUUCAGCAAAUAUUUAGUGAGCACCUACCUUUGAAUAAGACAUCGACGUAUGGUUCACAAAGUUCUGUAGUCAUCAAACCCAAAAGGUAUAUAUGGUCUCACCGGUUUAAUCAAUUCUAUCAACACUUGAGGAUAUGCUGAAGUCUUAAUUCCUCUCGGACCCUUUCCCACAACUGAUUUUCUCACUUGCUGCAUAAAGGCUGUGGUAAGCAGGUGGAGACUGAGCAUAUUAUGAAUUGUAAUUAUAGCUGCAAUGGACAAACUCUUGUUGCUCAUGUGCUGUAGUUUUAGGUUGGAUUCCUACACACAUUUUUUUAAAAAUCUGAGGUCUGUGUGUUGUGGUUAAUUUAUAAGGUUAUCUGAUUCCAUGAACUUUAUUCUCCAGGACAGAUGUUACAUCAGAUUAUAAAUGCUGAUUUAGCUGGAUCUUCUGGUGAUCCUAUUACUUAGUAUACCCACUUGGGGUGAUGGAUGAGUUCAGGCCCAAGGAUGAGUCUUCAGGCAGGGACACCUCCUAGGUUUGGGUGCUCUGCUGGGCUUAAAGAAUAGAAAUGAAGAAGAGAGGCAAAUAGACAAAGACAAGAUUGCCAUGUCGAUUUUACUUUUCUGGGCUCAUGACAUCAGUAUAUUCCCAUUCUCAUUUUCUUUCUCCCUUCCCCCCCACCACCCCCCAACCAAGACUAAAGUUAGAUUUUAGACAGUAGAAUGAAGAACUUAGUUUUGGUCUAAUUUUCUAGAAUAAGAGUUUUUAAAAAAUGAAAGUCUUAUUUAAAUUGAACUAUUGAGCUGCCUUGAAAAGCACAGCAGGGGGGCAGUUUUGAAAUAUCUUUCCCACUUUUUUUGAGGUUACCUGAAUUCUUUAACAUUAUAUGUGGGUGAGACUAUAAGUACAUGGAAAUUAUGAAGAAUACUGGAAAAUGUGAAGGAGUGCCUUGCAAAAUUGACUUGUAAAAUAAUACACUUUUGAAAUGGCACCGACUGUAUUCUUCAACACAGAAAUCCAAUUUACAACAUGGUAGGAUGCUCAUUCCAGUGGGCUAGGUGGGGUGCCAAAGGCCCCGCUUUAAGCCUCAGCUUUUAAAUUUACUAUUUAUGGCACCUUGAACUGUCAGCCUCCUUGAUCCUCUGUUGCUUUUCCUACUGUAACAAAAGGUUGUUAAGAGAAUCAAGAUGACCCACAUGAAAGCAUUAGACCCAUGUUUUUUUUAAAUGUCAUGGAAACAAGUUUUUUUCUUUUUUCUUUUUCUUUCUGGAAACAAGUUCUGGUAAAAUCAAUAAUUCAAUUAAAAAAAAAAAAAGAAACCCAG